CGCGGGGCGGGGGCGGGGGCGGGCCGGCCGCGGCGCCGGAAGGCGGCUCUGGUUCCGGGCCGCGCGGCGCCAUGGACUCGCUGUGGCGGCUGAAGCGGUUCGAUGCCUUCCCCAAGACCCUGGAAGACUUUCGGAUCAAGACGUGCGGCGGCGCGCUGGUGACCGUUGUCAGCGGGCUCAUCAUGGUGCUGCUUUUCUUCUCGGAGCUGCAGUACUACCUCACCAAGGAGGUUCAUCCUGAGCUAUACGUUGACAAAUCAAGAGGAGAUAAACUGAAGAUCAAUAUAGAUGUUGUCUUUCCGCAUAUGCCUUGUGCUUAUUUGAGCAUUGAUGCAAUGGAUGUAGCAGGAGAACAGCAAUUGGAUGUAGAGCACAAUCUGUUUAAACAACGUUUGGAUAAAGAUGGCAAUCGUGUGACUCCAGAGGCUGAAAGACACGAGCUGGGAAAAGAAGAAGAAAAAGUGUUUGAUCCAAAUUCUUUGGAUGCUGAUCGUUGUGAGAGCUGUUAUGGGGCCGAGUCAGAGGACAUUCGGUGUUGUAAUACUUGUGAUGAUGUCAGAGAAGCGUACAGGCGACGAGGCUGGGCCUUCAAGAACCCGGAUACCAUAGAGCAAUGCAAGAGGGAAGGCUUUAGCCAGAAAAUGCAAGAGCAGAAGAAUGAGGGCUGCCAAGUGUAUGGUUUCCUAGAGGUCAACAAGGUAGCUGGAAAUUUUCACUUUGCACCAGGAAAAAGUUUUCAGCAGUCUCAUGUACAUGUGCACGCUGUUGAGAUUCAUGAUCUCCAGAGCUUUGGACUUGAUAAUAUCAAUAUGACGCACUAUAUCAAACAUCUCUCAUUUGGAAGAGAUUAUCCAGGCAUUGUGAACCCUCUGGAUGGGACAGAUGUUACUGCACAGCAAGCUUCCAUGAUGUUUCAGUAUUUUGUCAAAGUGGUCCCCACAGUGUAUAUGAAAGUAGACGGUGAAGUAGUGAGGACAAACCAGUUUUCAGUGACACGGCAUGAGAAAAUAGCCAAUGGACUAAUAGGAGACCAAGGUCUGCCUGGCGUAUUUGUGCUCUAUGAGCUUUCCCCCAUGAUGGUGAAGCUGACCGAGAAACACAGGUCCUUUACACACUUUCUUACGGGAGUUUGCGCUAUCGUUGGAGGCAUAUUUACAGUUGCAGGAUUCAUUGACUCCUUGAUUUACCACUCUGCACGUGCCAUCCAGAAGAAAAUUGAACUUGGGAAGACAACAUAAAUAAACAAUGACAUCACUCCACAAAAAAACUCUAAGGAGAGCUAAACAGAUUUUUUCAAAAUACAUGUGAUCUCGUGUAUGCACAAGAGAAGAGGUUUGGAAUUACCAGAUGGCCCCAACCGCUCUUACAUGACUGUCUCAUCAUUCUUUGUUUGGCAUUAAUUUGUGGAUGGAACUGCUUGAACCUUGCUGCUGUAACGAUUCAUUAGCCAUCUUGUCUGGCUGUGCAGGCCCUACUGUAUAAACCCUUUUGUGUCCGUCCAUGUUCAUCAAAUUUGCCUCCCAAAAGAGCUGCUGGAGAUACUGCAUGGUGUUUGUCUCCAGGAAUAAGGUACUAUAUUGUCAUGAAACCUGGAGCGGAUUGAAGUUGCCAUGAAAUAAACUUUCUGGCAACACCAUCUAUCUUUUUUUCUUUUCGUGUUUGUGUUUUUGUGUAAAAAUGUUUCUGAAUGCGCUCACGCUGUGUGCCAGGUCUCUGUGAAAAUGUGCUGGAUCCCUCAUACUUUCCUUUCGACUGGGCUGAGCGAUGUGGUGAGAGCUGGCACACAAGAUGUGCUUACAACACCACGGGGCAUUGCAGUGUUCUCUGGCUGCUCCAGACUGCUCUUUUUAUGAAAGAUGCAAGUUGAUGUUUCAGUAAAAAAAAACACUGUUUGACAUUUUUAAUUAAUUUUUAAAUUGGAUUGUGGUUUUCACUUCCCCUCUGUUUACCUUUUGUAAUAAAGUUAAACCUCUGUGGGUUUUGGUAAAGGAUUUAGAAGAACAAUUAAAUUAAUUUAUUUGAAUUA